AGGUAACGUAAAACGAAAUUUACAGCAAGCGCCUUUAACUGGCUCAUACCAUUAAUGGUUAGAGGGAGGGGUGAAAUUCCAUUUGUGGAAGCUGUAUAGUGUCUUCAUUUCUUUUAUGCAGUGGUAAAACUGUCAUUAGUCUAAUCUGUUAGGUUGUUAUUAAAAUGUCUAAUAAUAUACCACCGAAAGAGCAGUUGUAAAAGAAAUCUACAAGAGUUACCACGACCGGUGCGUCCCGUCGUUACUAACAGAGGUAGGGCCCGCUGGCUGAGGAUGAGCGGCACCAACUGUCAGGUGCAAGACUUAGAAAAGGACUUGAAUUAAUUUAUUGUGGAGUAACUUGGACGUAUUUGUGACAAUGACGGACAGCGGCAGUCGCGACGGCUCUGAAACAGAAACAAAGCAGCUCCAGGCUAACGCCACGACGGAGUACUGCUCAAAGUUGCAGCUGUGGAUGUGGGAGUAUUACUGGGGUUAUGCUAGCUGGCAGAGCUGGGCGGCUCUGUCAGCCUUCCCCUUGCCACCGCCGAGCUCUGCCGCUCAGAGACCCGCUGCUCAUUCUUCCGUUCCCGCCAGCGGACAGCAAGCGUUUGACCCCGGGAACUGGUUCGGCCACCCGUACGCUUUCAGACCCCCGGGGUCCUCGCCUCCUUCUUACCCGGGUGCUGUGCAAGCGGAGCAGCGCUCAGCCGCGACCGACGUGCGGCAGCAGAACGGAAGUCCACCGCAGGCAGGACGAGAGUACACCAUCCCCUCCCCUCUUCAGAGGUUACUGGCAGAGACGGUGGAUUUCUUCAUCCUGUUUUGUGUGAAGGCCACCAUCGUCCUAUGGAUCAUGCAUCUCUUUGGAAUGAAGGACAUUGCCAAGUUUAUCACCCACUUCAUUAUUGAGGAGAUCGAUGAGAGCACGUCCAUUGAGGACCUGCAGAAAAUGAUGGCGGUCGCUUUGGUUUACAGAGUAUUGGUCUGCGUUUAUGAGACAAUCUGCAUUUGGGGCGCCGGAGGUGCGACUCCAGGGAAGUUUCUGCUCGGUCUGCGGGUGGUGACAUGCGACACGUCCACCAUGGUACGACCCAACCGCGUUUUUGUGGUUCCAGCAUCUAAUGUUUCUCUGUCGGCCUCCACUGUGCGAGCGUUGAACAAGAACUUCUCCAUCGCUUUUCUCUUUCCCAUCUUCAUCACGCUCCUCUUCUUCCAGCACAACAGGACAGUUUACGACAUUGUGGCCGGGACCAUAGUGGUCCAACGCAGAGGGGCCUAAAAGGUCGUCCCCUUCUCCACCCCCAGCCUCCUGUCUCACAGACUCGGUCACCGCUGCAUGUCAAAGAGUGAUUGUUCUGCUUUCCAUCAGGAUCCACCUAAUUUAUUUUACAUUAAAAUUUUAUUGCACAAAAAAGAAUAAUGGGUCAUGACAUCCCUACACGGAAGUUGGACUGCACUUUAAAAGGACAUGAAUACAGAUGUGGUAACAGAAUGUUAAGUUAAAUGAAAUGAGUGGCGCGUGAGGAUUUCAAUUUUCUUAUCAAGUGUCAAUGGGAAAAAAAAGACUCUUUGUCUCUUUAAAGCAAAAAUAUAUGCAAAGUCAACCUUUUUUUUUGUUUUAAAAUCUGUCUUCAAACACCUACAUAUGAUGUGGAUAUGGUCUUUUGGUAUAUGUUGUGGUAUUGAUGCCAAACAAUUUACUUUUGCCUAACCCGAAAUAUGCAACUUUCAGGUCAAAUGGGAAGAUGUAUUAUUUGAUCAAGCUAUUUAUUUCAUAUUUUAUGAAUAAAAAAAGGCAGCAUUGAAUGCAUUUAAAAAUAUAUUUAAGUAAAAUAUAAGAUCCAUCAGCAGGACUGAAGUGGCAACAGGCCAAUCUAACCUUUUUAUGUCUCCACAUUUGAUAGCAAAGCUGCUAUUUGCUCAUGAACCCAAAGUUGUUCAUGCAGACCGAAAUGCAAAAUGUCUGCACACAAAAUUUAAUAUAUUGCACAUACUUUUGGUUUCUUGAUUCAAAAAAACAAAAAAAAAACGUCUUGCUCUGUGACUGGGCAGCUGUUUGGAUGGCCUCUGAAGUAUUAAGAUUGUUUUGUAAAUUAAAGGGUUGCAGUGAAGCGAUGUUGCGUAAUCUGUCAGUAUGUAGGGUUUUUUUUCUUUAUCAUUUGAGUUAGGAGACAAUUUAUUUAUGCAUUUGUUUUUUAAGCUAAAAUAUUUUAACUCCAAUUUGCCAUGUUGUUUCUUUAGUAACUGCUCAUGUCUAAAACAUCAGUUUGGUGAGAUUUUUCUUUAUGCAUUCUUUUCCUAUUAAAGUCGGUGAUUAUUAUAUUUGUGUGUUUAUAUAUAUAUAAUUAGUGCAGUCAUGCUGAUGCUAAAAACAAAGAGAAAAUGUCCAUUUAUUGUGCCUAUGGAUGCUUUGAACUGCUUUGAUUUAGUGAAAGUUUCUAUGCUGUGUUAUGCACAGUUUGUAAGCUACAAAAAAAGUCAUUUCGUGACUCAGGGCAACUUGUUAGCAUUGACAAUAUUUUACUUAACAUUAAAUGUAAUUUCUGUAUAUGAAUAUUAUGAGAACAUUCUGGUAUUAAAGUACUAUGCAGGAAAUGGA